AAUGCUGGAGAUGAUUCCUUGCCUACCGCCGUGGAGGUUCUGAAAGAAACUUAUGAAGCACACGUCGAAAUAUUACACCAAGACAAAAACUUCAAAGGACUCUACUUUAUAACUGAAAAAAUGCGGAGGGAUUUGCUAAAGUAUCCCGAUGUGGUAUUUGUCGACACUACUUACAAGUUGUUCAGGAGAAAUUUUAAAACCCAAAUUGUUGGGGUUGGAAUUUUGGCUGAUGAGCAAUAUUCCACUCUUAGAUGUGUGUUCGAAAGAUUCAAAGAGGACAAUCAAGAAGCAUGUGCGAAAAUUGGAGGAUUUAUGACCGAUAAAGACCUCACGGAACGAAGUGCAAUUACUGACGUUUUUGUAAAUGGAAGAUUGAUGCUAUGUAAGUUCCAUACGAAAAAAGCUAUGAAACUAGCACUGUCGAAUUCAAAGAUACAAAUGUCUACUAAUCAACGGAAAGUAUCGCUAAAAAUUAUUGACAAACUCGUCGAAAGUUCAUCCCAAGAAGAUUAUGAUCAAUUCUGUAAAGAACUUAAGGAAAAAGCUUCCGAAGGUGUGAAAAAAUAUUUUUUUGAAAACUGGCAUGACAUUAGAGCAGAGUGGACUCGGUACGGUCUUGUUGAGAACAGUCUUGGCAAUAGUACGAACAACAGAAUAGAAUCGUUGAAUUUCUCACCUUUUGAUGAACUCGAAGAAUUGGUUCAGGACUUCGAUGAACGCCGAGAUUUGCCGACUCUUGUUGCGCCGCCUGCUAUUAGUGAUACUAUCUAUCCUGCCUGUUCUUAUGCACCCGAGAAGUACAAGAACAAAGAAAGGAGGGUAGGUGGAGUUCAGUGUCCACGUUCUGGUCGGCGUCCCGAGGAGUCAAUCUUCGAAGACCUUCCUGGCGACGUUAACAGGAAGUAA